CUCCUCUUCCCCCAUUUUAUUAUGUUCCCACAAAAAUUAGGGUUUUUUACCUCCCACCUCCCUCCCUCUCAAACCCUAAUUAAAUUCUACAAUCGUCUCCGAUUCGCCUCCGACGACGAUUAACCAUGGCGGAGCACUUGGCCUCCAUUUUCGGAACCGAAAAGGACCGCGUGAACUGCCCGUUCUACUUCAAGAUCGGCGCCUGCCGCCACGGCGACCGCUGCUCUCGCCUGCACAAUCGCCCCACCAUAUCUCCGACGCUGCUGCUCUCCAACAUGUACCAGCGUCCGGACAUGAUAACCCCGGGCGUCGACGCCCAGGGCCAGCCGAUCGACCCGCGGAAGAUCCAGGAGCAUCUGGAGGAUUUCUACGAGGACAUCUACGAGGAGCUCAAAAAAUUCGGCGACAUCGAGAGCCUCCACGUCUGCGACAACCUCGCCGACCACAUGAUCGGGAAUGUGUACGUUCAGUUCCGCGAGGAGGAUCAGGCCGCGGCGGCGCUCAACGCUUUGCAGGGGAGGUAUUACUCCGGUCGCCCUAUUAUUGCUGAUUUCUCUCCUGUCACAGAUUUCCGCGAGGCCACCUGCCGGCAGUUCGAGGAGAACAACUGCAAUCGCGGCGGCUAUUGCAAUUUUAUGCACGUGAAGAUGAUCAGUAGGGAUUUGAGGAGAAAACUCUUCGGUAAGAACCCCGGACGUUACUGGGGCACUAGAAGGAGCCGCAGCCGGAGCUCCAGUCCCUCUCACCUCCAGAGGCGAGAGAGGGAAAGAGAUAGAGAUAGGGAUCAUGAUAAUAGGAGAGAUCAUGAUCGGAGGGACCACCGCGGGGGUGGGCGGAGGGGCGGUGACCGGCAUGAGGUUGAUAGGAGAAGGCACGGUGGGAGUCCUCCGAGGAGACGUAGCCGGAGCCCGGUGAGGGAAGGGAGUGAAGAGCGUAGGGCAAGGAUUGAGCAAUGGAACAGAGAGAGGGAGGAGAAGGAAAGGGAGGAGGAGGUCAAGUAAAAGGGCAGUGAUGGUUUCAAAACUUUAGGAUUGAGAGGCUGUUAUAUUUUGUACCAAAUGAAUCAUUUUUAGACCAGUGCUUAGUGUUUUGUUGUGGUUUUUUUAUUCUCUAUAGUGUUCUUCUAUGAUUCGGUGCUUAUAUGUUAGUAUUUGAAGUAUCUCAGUUUAUCGGGUUGGGUUCCUCUUGUCGAAUGUGGCUUAUGAGUUAUGAGAAUCGAAUUGGUUGUUUUUCA